AUGGUUGCUUUCACCUCCCAUUAUCACAAUUGUUUCUCCUUUCACGACAAACUCCUGUACCAGGCUUGCCAGGAACAGACCCUCAAAGAACUGCGGGUUCAGCUAACGGCAAACAAGCUCCCCGCUCGAAUUGUAAUCAUGUCUGGCGGCGCACCGCCCAAGCCUCCGCCCUCGGGCGCCAUGUCCCUCUACGCGAACCUGCUCGCCCCAAAGGCCGCCGCGGGCGACUCGACCACACCCAACGCGCGCACGCCGGCCAAGACUGGCGAUGAGGCCGGCGGCGACAAGAAACCCUUGGAUCCAGCCAUGCUCCGCUUCCAGCCUAUGCGACGACCCCAGCAGGGUCAAAAACCGAAGCCUAAAGGUGCCUUUCUCAAAAUCGGGGCUAUCACUGCACCCGCAAGUACAACUACGACUACGGCAGCGGCGGCAGCCACAGCAGCGUCAGCAUCAACAACAACAGCAGCAGCAACUUCCAACUCGGCAGAUUCAUCAGUCGCUUCGGCGACCAUACAGCAGCCACCUCGAAGCAAGUUGGCCGAUUGGGCCGCAACCGAGGAUGACGAAUACACUUACGGGCUAGGCAAGAGGCACCGAGGUGGCCGCAAGGCUAAGAAGAAGAACAACCGCGACGACAGAGACAGACAAACCGACUGGGACGAGCUCUACGAUCCGGCGCGCCCAACAAAUGUAGAGGAGUACCUGCGCAGCGAUGAACGCAUUGCUGAGAUCAGGGAAUGGAAGGGCGUACUGUACGCGCACCGUCGACGCAGAGAACAAAACCGCACCAGGUCUAGGUCCCGUGGUAGUUGUGGAAGUAGCAGCGGUUCCGAGGCGGCUAGAGCUCCUCCUACGAACCAGUUUGCUCCUCCGCCGCAGUAUUCGUUUGCACCUCCCCAAAUAUCACCCCCUCGCGUCCAACAAGAUUCGGCUGCGCCUGUCAUCCCUGACGAUGCCACCGGUGAUGAUGCAUACGCACGCCGUUUAGCCCUCUCCAAAGGCUCGGAAGUUGGCGCGCCACCCACACAACCUGACGCUGUUCCCGCCGCAACCAUAUCACGGGCCCCAGUCCGUUACGAGCCAACGGCUCUGCCCAACGAGGAUGGUGAUGAGAUGGACAUUGACGAGGACGAAGAUGAGUGCCCUGGCCUUGGCUCGGCCAAAACCAACGAUUCGGACCCUGUGCGCUCCAACCGGCCUGGCCAGGCUGGCUUUGCAGCGCGCAUGAUGGAGAAGAUGGGUUGGGAGAAGGGCAAAGGACUUGGCGCUGAGGAAACAGGCAUCACCUCUGGCUUGAGCGUCAAGGUCGAGAAGCGCAAGAAGCGCCCCGACGCCGAAGGUGGCGGAUUCGCUGCCCCCGGGAACAUGGCCCGUGUUGUAGGUGGCAAGCGUGGGGUUCAGGACGUGGGCAAAUUUGGUUCCAUGAGCGAGGUUGUCGCCUUGGGUGGAAUGCUCGAGGGCAUGGAGGAUGUGGCCGGCGAGGUUGCCGAGGGCUUGGCCCAAGAGAUCGGCGAAGAAUGUGGCGAGAAGUACGGUCGUGUUGAAAGGCUGUACAUCGACGUCGACACCAGGCAGGUGUUUAUCAAGUUUACAGACCAGGUUUCAGCUCUAAGGGCUGUCAACGCUCUAGAUGGUCGCAUAUUCAACGGUAACGAGAUCAAACCCAAGUUCUACGAUUCGGAAAAGUUUGAACAGGGAGUUUAUCAUUGAUAAGGUUGUCUUGAGCAUGGCUAUUCAGGAUUUAGGGCUGUGUCCAUAUGAACUCUGUGAAUUCUGUUCUAGCUUUUAGGAGUAUAUUUCUGCCACAACCCAUCCGACGAUCAAAUCUGUAGGGUUAGGCUGGUUUCUGCAAGUGCUCUCACAGUAUCAGGAUGAUGCCUGUUUGAUUUCUCGUGUCGAGUGGAGUUGAGAUGACGGGGCGACCGUGAUCACCACAUCCACGAAGUCGAUCCAUG